AUGGCUGCGGAUACAACGGACACGGUAAAAGCCACACCUCUGGAGACGGACACUGAGACGAAUACUACGGAGGGAGCAGACAAACCAGCUCCCGAGAGCUGCCGCCCGCAACAGAGACAAGACACCGCAGGAGGACCGGCGGCAGCAGCAGCACCACCAUCGCCAAUGUCACCACCAGAACCUGCAUCAGCCCUCUCAGACACAGACGCAGGCGCAGAUACACAAGCCCAUCAGCCACAUCAGGUGCAGAGACCGGCUGCGGCUUCUCCCUCAGGUUCUGCGGCUGCUCCUGCACCCAAACAAGCCAGCCAGUCGCCCGGUCAAUCCCGGUCACCGGGGAGCUUCUCUUCCGAUCGCAGCAUGGCGGCAGGAAGCUCUGCUAAUAAUGUUGUUAUGCCUGUGUCUGCCACCACUAAUGCUCAAGCUACUACCGCGUCAAGCUCUGGAAUGCCCUCUGCCAUUCGCUCUCGACCAAGUCAGACCUGCCUUCCAGAGAGGGAUCCUCACAGAGACUCCCACCGCGUAUCCUUCUCCUCCCUCAACUCUCUGGCUUCCACCAUCUACUCCGUCACUGGUGACCGUGUCCCAAGCACUGGCACUUCCAGCGUUAACGGUUCCAUCAAAAGCGGCAUGGAGGGCUCCACUGUGAGAAAUCCCUCUGGCUUCCUGGGUUUGAGCAUGAACAUGGAAACGCCAGCAGGUACUGGAGAAUUUACAACUUCUCCCACUAUGGCCUCCUCGCCUGGGGCGGGAGCAGUAGUAUCUCCCACCCAAUCAUCCUCUCAUGUACCCCAUAGCGAUGCAGGAACUGAUGGUCGUCCUACCACAAACUGGGUGAGCCGCCCUGCAAGGUCAUCCAGUCGAGCGCCAAGAAGGCUGAGCGGGAGCACGGGAGCAAGCAGUGCGAGCGAAGUUGAUCCCAAGAUUCCGUUUAUCGGGAAGAUCGGGGUGUGUGCCCUGGACGUCAAGGCUCGCAGCAAACCUAGUCAGAAUAUCCUUACCAGAUUGCAGUCAAACGGCGAAUUUGAGGUUAUUGUGUUUGGCGAUAAGGUCAUUCUUGAUGAGGAUGUGGAGAAUUGGCCAGUGUGUGACUUUUUAAUUGCAUUUUUCUCCGAUGGAUUCCCUCUAGACAAAGCAAUUGCAUACGCCAAACUGAGGAAACCCUUUUGCAUCAACGACCUUCCCAUGCAAAAGGUCCUAUGGGAUCGGCGUCUUUGCCUUCGUAUCCUCGACCAUAUGGGUGUCCGAACCCCGAAAAGGAUGGAGGUUAACAGAGAUGGCGGUCCCAGACUCGAAUGCCCAAAACUCGCGAAGCACGUAUAUGAACUCACCGGAGUAAAGUUGGAGGGACCCGACGACGGAACUGGUGGCGGUACUCCCAGAACGCAGUCUGUGUGCAUGUCCGAAGACGGAGAAUCCCUCAUCGUCGAUGGCAAGGUUUUUAGAAAGCCGUUUGUCGAAAAACCAGUCAGCGGGGAGGAUCAUAAUAUCCACAUUUAUUUUUCCAAAGACCAACAGUAUGGUGGUGGCGGCCGCCGGCUUUUCCGCAAAAUCGGUAAUAAGAGCUCCGAAUACGAUCCGAACCUUAAUAUCCCAAGAUCGGUUCUUGAGAAGGAUGGAAGUUACCUUUACGAGCAGUUUUUGAGAGUUGAUAAUGCCGAGGAUGUCAAGGCGUACACGGUAGGACCUGAUUUUUGUCACGCAGAGACCCGCAAAUCCCCCGUAGUUGACGGCCUUGUCCGUCGGAACACGCAUGGCAAAGAAUUGAGAUACAUUACCAAACUGAGUAAGGAAGAGGCUGCUACGGCAACCAAGAUAUCCAACGGCUUUGGGCAAAGAAUAUGUGGCUUUGAUAUGCUUCGUGUUGGCGACAAGUCUUAUGUGAUCGAUGUCAACGGCUGGAGUUUUGUCAAAGAUAAUAAUGAUUAUUAUGACAAAUGUGCAAAAAUCCUGCGCGAGAUGUUUAUCAGCCAGAAACUGCGCAGGGAAGGGAAGAUUGAACACUUGGGAGGCCCCCAACACGAGACGCUCUCUCCGCGCAAAAAUAUUAGCGGUUCCCACCGACAGACACUCAAAUCGCUCUUGAGAACGCAGGGUCAAUAUUACAAUCAAAAACCCCAGCAGGGUGUUUCUGCAGAGACGACUCCCGCGCCAAGCUCCUUGCCGACUCACUUUUCGGAUGCAAGUGACUCGAUACCGCAUUCCAAGGGUUUUUCCACCAAGCUCGACAGGCAGCAUACUUUGAAAUCAACAGAUGGCAUCUCUUCAACUCAGCCCUCUCCGACGGAGCCCAUUGUCGCUCCACCCCCGGCAUCGAAGCAUUCGUGGAAGUUAAAAGGGAUGGUCGCUGUAAUCCGCCAUGCCGAUCGGACCCCAAAGCAGAAAUUCAAAUUUACUUUCCAUACGCAACCAUUUAUUGACCUUCUGAAGGGACAUCAAGAAGAAGUUGUAAUAAAGGGGGAAUUGGCCUUACGCAGUGUUUUGCACGCGGUUGUUAUUGCUAUGGAGCAAGGUAUCGAGGAUGUUGAAAAGCUUAAACUCCUUCAAGCAUCACUUCAUCAUAAGGGAGGGUGGCCGGGAACGAAAGUCCAGAUCAAGCCGAUGUUCAGACACCGAAAUCCUGAUGAGAUGCGGAAUAGAGGCCCUUCUAUUAACCCCUUGAGCCCUGUCUCUGAAAACCCUGCCGGAGAUAAGCUUCAAUUAGUGAUUAAAUGGGGCGGUGAACCUACACAUGCUGCGCGGUACCAAUCGCAGGAUGUGGGACUCAAUAUGAGGGAUGACUUGAAGCUUAUGAAUAAGGAGGCGUUGAAUGAUGUCCGAAUAUUUACCAGUUCAGAGAGGAGAGUCAGCACAAGUGAAAGCUUUUCUGACCUUGAAAACAACAAAUUUCUAGCACAAAUAUUUGCCUCCGCGUUCCUUGACCAGAAGAACCUGCCUGAAGAUUUCAUCCAAGUGAGAAAAGAUCUACUUGAUGAUUCGAAUGCAGCAAAAGAUGUAAUGGACAAAGUCAAGAAGAAGCUCAAGCUACUUUUAAGGGAGGGAAACUCCGCCCCGCCUCAGUUUGCCUGGCCAAAGGAUAAUUUUCCUGAACCCUCAAUUGUUCUGUCAACUGUGGUUGAACUCAUGAAGUUCCAUAGAAAAGUCAUGAGGUACAAUUUCUCAAGGCUUGAGAGUGAGCUAAGUUCCACCUCCGGAAACGGCUCUGAUGGCCAAAGCAGCAAAAAUGGUAAUCAAGACACACCAACCCUUGCUUCCAUUCAAGGACGUUGGUGUGCUGGAGAAGAUCCCCAACUGUUCAAAGAAAGAUGGGAGAAACUAUUUGCGGAGUUUUGUGAUACCGAGAAAGUUGACCCUAGCAAACUGUCCGAACUGUAUGAUAGUAUGAAGUUCGACGCGCUGCAUAACCGUCAGUUCCUGGAGUGGGUUUUCGUGCCCCCUGAUAACAUGCUUAAAGGAGAUGGCUCCAAAUAUUCGAGCCAGGGCUCUCCGAAUGAUAAACCAAACCCUACCAGUCUGGAGAGUGUUGAAUCGGGUAGCAAUAAGCCACAGGGAUCUCAACAGCAGCAAUUGAACGAUCGGAGCAACAGCAACGGCGGUGAUUUUCAUGGAGGAGGUGAUAAAGGUGACGACAAACAUCACAAUUCCAACACUUUCGCUCAGCGUCUCGGGCUUAAAAGAAGAUCCCUUCUGGACUUAUCGUUAAUGCAACCUAUUGGGCCGUUGGAAGAUUGGUAUGACUCUUAUUUCAAGCUAUAUCCCGGCUGUGCCCAGACGAAGACCAAAAUCGACAAGAGGCUUUCAAGACUGCGCCAACUCUACAAACUUGCGAAGGUGCUUUUCGAUUUCGUAACCCCGCAAGAAUACGGAAUUGAUGAUGACGAGAAACUCGAAAUCGGCCUAUUGACCUCUCUCCCCUUGCUACGGGAGAUAGUUAUGGAUCUAGAAGAAGUCCAAGCAUCCCCAGACGCCAAAUCGUUCUUCUACUUUACUAAAGAAUCACACAUUUACACUCUUCUGAACUGUAUUCUGGAAGGAGGCAUUCAGACUAAGAUCGCACGCCGCGCCAUCCCCGAGUUGGAUUACCUUUCCCAAAUCUGCUUCGAGUUGUACGAAGCGCAGGAUAGUGAGUCGGCGAUGUUUUCAUAUUCCAUUCGCAUCUCUAUUAGCCCUGGGUGCCACACGUUCGAUCCGCUAGACGUGCAGUUGGAUUCAAGGCAUGCGAUUGGGUGUGCGCCGCGAAGAAGCUUGACGGCACAUCAGGAUUGGAAGGAAGUUAUUGAGACGUUGAAGGCGAAGUUUGAUACGGUGAAACUUCCCAAGUCAUUUAUUGCGGUCAAUUUGAGCGAUAAGCUUGCGGCGGCGAAGUCUUUCAAGGAUGAGGAGCGGGAGACUGCUGCUGCGGACAGUGGAAUAUGUCUCGUGAACCGCCACGUUGUUCGUAUAAUCUUCCUUGUCUUGCAUGAGGCUUUGAACCUCAAAGGCUCUCGGGUCAAGCCAAGUUCCUUCGAACUAACAAUGUCAAUACUCUCUCAGGGUCCCGUGGAUAUCGAGCAUGUUUCCCACAACACGUCUACGAAUAGCCUAACAUACAUACCAACGGGCCAGGAGAAGCAUGGCUCUGGCAAGAUACAAGCAGUCAUUCAAGAGGACCGCAUCGUCGCGGUUGUUCCGUGUCCUGAAGACUCGAGGCUGACGUCGUAUAUCUGGCUGGAAGCCUCAGACCCUCCCCCAGCCGGACUGCCAGAUAAGCAGGAACAGCCCGAGUAUCCAUAUGUGCUGAAACGGUUCGAGGCGGCGGGAGAAUGCCCUGCAUCACUCCGCGAGUUCAUCGGCAGCCCGCAGUCCCACCUUUACCCCGCCAAGCGAUCGGCUUCCAACCCCGCCGACCGCAACAACCUCCAUAUCAUCAUCUCCGCCCUCUCCGGCACCCACCAAGCUAUCCCCUUCUACACCACCCUGCUCGAACCCCUCCUCGCUACCCUCCACCUCCACGAACACCAGGACUACUGCACCCACGUCACCUCCUCCGCCGACACAAUCACCCACCUCACGCAAACUAUCUUCCGCCCGCGCGCCCAGCGCGGGAUCGCGCAGACCAUCAUUCUCCUGGCUGGCGAUGGCGGGCUGGUUGAGAUCAUAAAGGGCCUGACGGCCGUUAGGGCUGCGGAUGACUUUGUGUCUCCUGUUGUGGCGCUGGUGCCGAUGGGGACAGGCAAUGCAACGGCGCAUUCUGCGGGGAUUGUGUCGGGGCGGGAUGCGACGAUGGGCUUGCGGGGGUUGGUGAGCGGGGUGGCGAAGCGGCUGCCGAUGUUUGCGGCGCGGACUUCGAGGGGCGCGGAGUAUGUGACGGGUGGGGGAAGGGGGCGGGAGCCUGUUUUCGUGUCUGAUGGUGGCGGUGGUGGUAGCGGUAGCGGUAGCGACGGCGACGGGGGCGGGGGCGGGGGCCCCGAGAUUUAUGGUGCUGUUGUGCUUAGUUGGGGGCUGCAUGCGUCGCUCGUGGCAGAUAGCGAUACGCUUGAAUACCGCCGUUUUGGGCGGGAGCGGUUCCAGAUGGCGGCGAAGGAGUUGCUGUUUCCCGCUGACGGGAGUAGCCCGCAUGUUUAUAGGGGCAGGAUCAGCGUCACGGCGAAAACUACAGAUGCGGUGACUGGGGGGGAAAUGCUACGGACACGACUGCUUGAGCGGAGUGAGCAUAUGCCGUUGGAUGGGAGGUUGUGGUUUGUGCAUUUUGGGCCGGUGAAGUCGGAGGCUGUUAUGGAGGUUAUGCAACUAGCGUAUGAUGAAGGUCGGCAUGUGGUUGAUAUGCGCGAUGUGGUAGGGUAUGAGGAGGCUGAGGCUGUUAGGAUCGAGUUCUGUGAAGGGGAAACGGAGGAAAGAUGGAGGCGGAUUUGUAUUGAUGGGAUGAUACUGGUAGUGGAGGAUGAAACAGAGGUCAUGCUCGAUGCCCAUGGAGUAUGCGACUGCGCUUAUCUCACAACCAACCUUCGGCCAACUCCUAGGUUCUCUAAUGCACGGCCCGAUAAAUGCACCCCGGCCCAGCCGUCAUCGUUAAAGCGAUCUGUGAGGUUCGCAAAGCUCUCCAUGCUUGUUACGCCGCGUCUUUAUCGGCUGGCGCAGAUACCAGAUAACGGCUCGCGAGUUCCUUUCUCCUACCACCCAUCCUUCAAUACACUGACUGGCUGGGACGUUGAGCCAGCGGAAUACGAACGAGCAGCGGAGAUGCUGCUAGUGCAUCAGGUUGGCAGUGUCCGUGUUGGGGAAGUGGUCCGGUUUACGCUCACGUAUACCCCUUCUGCAGAUCGCAUCUUCCCCACACCUACGGAGCUCUUCGUCAAGGUUAGAAAUACCUCUGCGAUACCGCUGCGCGCCGCGUAUUUGCACGGCCCUUACACUCUAUAUACUUCCUGCUACCCUGCAUCUUUCGACCCAAACCGGAAAUACGAGGAUCAUGAAACCUGCGGGCUCCCGCAAUUUGAACCAAACCUGAAAGCGGGCGGGGCUUUCGACUCAGUGAUCCCGGUGCCAGAGAACGUCCAGUCGUCGACCUCCGCAGCAGAUCAGCAGAGCAUUACUUGGAUAAUCGAAAUCGCAUCGCAGGUGAUAUUUUCAACUACAGCGGCUGUAAACUUCGAGGUCCUCGUUGGGAGGGACCUGAAGUCCUUGGAACUUGGAAUUGGAAAUUCAACGAGCCUGCCUGUUCCGGGUCAUGUUCGCGAGCUUGCCAGACGUAAUUCAAAGAGCAAACAUAAAAAUCCCCCAGGCCGUAUGAAAGGGGUGUACUCCACGGCAAUCAAACUAGUUAUUGAUGAUACAGCAAGCCUAUGGAGUACACCGCGAUUUCCAUCCUGGAGUGAGAAGGAAGACCUUCGAAACUUGGAAAUGGAACAGACGGAGAUUGCUACGGAAUCUCAGAGAGAUUGCCACGCAAACUCGGCUGGGGAAGCAGAAAACCGAAAAAAACGGAGAAAAGUUCAUUUCGUCGUCCUAACGCAUGGACUACAUAGUAACAUAGGGGCCGAUAUGUUAUAUCUUAAGGAGAGCAUAGAUGCUGCUUCAAGGAAAGCUCGGGAAGAUGCGCGGAACCAGCGAAAGAAGGCAAAGAAUUCACAGCCUUCACAGCCAGCUGUGUCUACCCAGGAUGUUUCUGAUACACCUUUGGUAGAUAGACAACAUACUGCUUCAGAAGAAGAUGGCGACGAUGACGAGCAUGUUAUUGUACGCGGAUUCCCCGGAAAUGUAGUUCGCACCGAAAGGGGUAUUCAGUAUCUGGGGAAAAGGCUAGCGAAAUAUGUCCUUCUCAUGACUUAUCCGGAUCAGCCUUAUCUUCCUCUCAAAGAAUCCCGCAGCAAAUUUCGGGCAUUUGCUGGCAACAAAGAUUCCACAGGCUCGAGUGGCCGUGCAUCUCAUUCUGGAAGUACAAUAUAUCGGCACGAACCGAAGAAAAGCGAUUACGGUUACCAGAUAACGAGUAUCAGUUUUAUAGGGCACUCUCUUGGCGGCCUCGUCCAAACGUAUGCCAUUGCUUAUAUACAGAAACAUUCUCCUGAAUUUUUUGACUGCAUCAAGCCUAUCAAUUUCGUUGCUCUUGCAUCCCCAUUUCUUGGUCUCAGCAAUGAAAACCCGAUCUACGUUCGUUUCGCUUUAGAUUUUGGACUCGUUGGUCGCACCGGUCAAGACCUUGGUCUGUCAUGGACUGCCCCGACAAAAAUGCGAAGUGGAUGGGGUGCGAUGAUAGGAGGAUUGGGAAACGAUUCUCCUACCGCUACCCAUCAUGCGGAUCCCAAAUCAAAACCACUUCUUAGGAUUCUUCCAAGCGGCCCUGCUCACCAAGUUCUCAAGAAAUUUCGAAAUCGUACCGUAUACUCCAAUGUUGUAAAUGACGGAAUUGUCCCAUUACGAACCUCUUGCCUCCUUUUCCUAGAUUGGAAAGGCCUAGAUCGAGUUGAGAAGGCUAGACGAGAAAGCGGCUGGGUCGGAAUCAUGGCCGAGUGGGGUUGGGCCGAGAUUACGGGAGCUAAUGUUAAUACAAAUUCAAUUCGCUCAACUAAACACCCUACAAACUCUGUACCUACCAAUUCUGCCAAUUGCGACAAUGAGGACGAUAAAGUUAAAAAUGGAAAGUUGAUCCCUUCAACUAAGAAAGCGGAAGGCGAAAUCCCAGAGCCACCGGCUGAGAGCCCAGAGGGACCAAGUGGAAGUUUCGAAACCAGUCCAGAACUUCCCAAACAGUCCCAGUUUUUGACUGUUGCUCGUAACACUGAACCACCAGGUGAUAUGCAACCCGUUAAAUUGGCUCCACGCUCUUAUCCGAAUCCAUUCGCCGGUUUCCUUUCCUUGUUCAGACCACAGGGAAAAGGCCACAAUCAAAGCAAAAGCUCAAAAAUCUAUAGGCGGAGCCAGACUGUCGGUAACAAUGAGUUGGCCGAAACCCCAUGGACGGACGGUCCCUCCCGCUUUCCACGCGCCGAACCAGCCAGAGGCGAUUCUUUUCUUCAGGAAGAAGGCCACCACGCCCCGCCAAAGACAACAAUUCUGGAAGCGGCGGGCGAUGUCCUCAAACCGCCUCUACCUUCAACUGAGUACAUCCUGGACCCUUCAACCCGUGCCAGGACUAUCUUCCAUGAUCGCGUCUACCACCCAUCGGAUAUACCCCCGCCGCCCCGAAAAAAGAAUCGCAGCUUUUUUCCAACUUCUAGCACCAGUAGCCUUCCUUCACCUACCGAGACGGCGAAAAGUGUAGAUAACCAGUCUAAUAGUUCACUAAUCCAAACGACUUCCGAUUCGGUCCUUGGUACAACCAGUGGCAUGAAAGUCGAGGAGAAAAUCGCUCGCGCCUAUCAUCGCGACUUAUCCUGGCGCAAAGUUCUUGUACGCCUUGAGCCCGACGCACACAACAACAUUAUAGUGCGUCGUAUGUUUGCAAACGCGUAUGGCUGGCCCGUCGUCAAACACCUCGUCGACACUCACUUUGCAGACACAACCGUGGCAAAGACGGCAGACGAGUUUGAGAGCGGUGCUGAGCGUGCUAUGCCUACAAGCCGCAGGCCCUCUGAAUCCGGCAAAGAGGUCAUUGGCCAAGUUGAUCCGCCGGGCAAAUCACCAACGCUAACUAUCCAGCAACCAAAUCCCGAGAACCAACACCCACCUGAGUCAUCAGAGACCAUGGAAGCACUGCGGGCCAUGUUGUCCCCAGCUACCCCAAACCGCAUACUACCAGAUGCCAAGACGGACAUCACUAAUUCUAUCGACCCACACCAGCCGACCAUGUCUGUCAGCCGAAUGUCCUCUUCUCAAUCAAAGACUUCCCAUGCAGACUCCUCUCGAUGGACAGAUCGGUAUUUCGACGACGAGGACGGUGAGGGUUAUGACUCGCAGGACGAAGCGCAUUUUGCUGGAAGUGGUAUUCGUGCGUUGUCAGCAGCUGACAGCUAG